AUCUAAUUUUUAACUUUAUUUUUGCAGGAGAGAAUUACUUCCAACUGGGAUAUUAUAUGCAUCAAAAGACUCUCAUUAUUCGGUCGCCAAAGCUGCGAUGAUGUACAGAAUGAAUUUUGAAAUGGUUAAUACAUCAGUACAUGGAGAGAUGGAUUAUUCAGAUUUGAAAGCAAAAUUACUUCAAAACAAGGGCAAACCAGCAAUAAUUAAUGUUACAAUUGGUACUACCUUCAAAGGAGCUGUUGAUGAUCUUGAUAUUAUUCUUCAAACACUUAAAGAUUGUGGCUAUACACAUGACCAAUUUUAUAUCCACUGUGAUGCAGCACUCAAUGGGCUUAUUAUCCCUUUCAUUAAAAAUCAGAUGAUUUCAUUCAAGAAACCAAUUGGAAGUGUCACAAUUUCUGGUCACAAGUUCUUGGGAUGUCCAAUGCCUUGUGGAAUUCAAAUAACAAGAAAAAGUUACAUUAACAAUCUCUCAAGAAAAGUUGAGUAUAUUGCUUCAGUAGAUGCAACAAUUUCUGGAAGUAGAAAUGGUUUAGCUCCAAUCUUCUUGUGGUAUAGUUUAAGUGCUAAAGGUCAAAUUGGGCUUCAAAAAGACGUCAAGAGAUGCCUUGACAAUGCCAAAUACUUAAAAGAUCGUCUUCAACAAGCAGGAAUCAGUGUCAUGCUCAAUGAACUUAGUAUCAUAGUUGUCCUGGAGAGACCUCGUGACCAUGAAUUUGUUCGUCGUUGGCAGCUUUCUUGUGUGAGAGAUAUGGCGCAUGUUAUUGUUAUGCCGGGUAUAACCAGAGAAAUCUUGGACAAUUUCGUCAAUGAUUUAUUGCAACAAAGGAAAAAAUGGUACAAAGAUGGAAAUGUUACACCUCCUUGUGUUGCAGAAGAUAUUGGUGCCCAAAAUUGUGCUUGCUCUUACCACAAAAUUGAUUUCAUUAUCCCAUAAAAGAGAUGAAAAUCUAUUACCUCUUUGCUACUGAGUUUGUCUUCUAUAGACAUGGCAUUUUGUAACUUUUUUUUUAUUUACUUACAUUUUUUUAUCCAUAUUCAGAGUUGAAUUGUAAUCUAUAUGUAGUGUUACUAUUUUACCACAUAAAUGUACCAAUGCUGUGGAGAAGACAUUGUUUGGUAAAAUCUUAUAUGAAUCUUUUAAAAUAAAGCAAUAA